AUGAAAACCACAUUGUUGCCAUCAAACGUCUUCAAGAUGUCUGAUGAAGAGGUGACCGUAGAGACAUCUGACGGCCAGAUCUUGGCUGCUGAGUAUAAGGAUGGUCAGUUGCAAAUAGUGGAAGUGACUCCAUUUGAUAAGGACAGGGAAGGUGGUCUGAUACCCCUCACAGAUGGCGGAGAUCAACAGACUAAGUACAUGCAAGUGUUGGACACCAGCAAGGGGCUGGUACAACUGGAUUUAUUGAACUUGACGUUAGUCAGGUGUCCAGAUGGAGAAGAUGGUUACCAGUUUGUGGCUAAUACGGGCUCAGCUGGUGAACUAUCCUCGGAUGGCACAGUCACUUGCGUUUUACAGUCCAGUGAUACUGAAGACCCCGACAACCAUGAGUCCUAUGUGAUGGUAGACAGUCAAAAUGGCCAGGCACCCCUCGUUUUCCUCAAAUCCUCGCUUCAAGAAGCCGCUGCCAGCAUGAGCAGUAGUGAGAUCAGAGAAGAAAACAAUGUCAAUAAACAUUUGUCACCAACCGAGAUAUUAGAAAAGGCGAAAACGUUACAAAAAGCCAAGGCAAUGUUAUCAUCUCCGCCUCGAGGCCGAGGGAGAGGUCGCAAACGCAAGAGUGACCUUCCACCCCCUCACGAGCUGUUAGCGUCCCCCAAUUUCAAGCUGUACCUGUAUUCCUGCAAAAUGUGUUCCUUUAAGUGUAAUGCUGUCAAAGAAAUGUCUGCUCAUAAGGCGACGGAGCACAGCGGUGCGGGGCGGGCGGGGCGCGCGGGGGGCGCGCGGGGCUCGGCCGUCACGCUGCAGUGCGCGCGCUGUCCCUUCCGCGGCGCCGUGCACUCGCAGCUCAUGAAACAUGUACAAGACAAACAUCUCACCGCGCAAGUUACCAAUACGGUUCACCUAGACACAGAAGAGGUAGAAAACGCGGAUGUGUUGGUGUGCGGCGCUUGCGGUUUCGAGUCCGGGUCUAGAAGCGUUUUCAGAAAGCAUAUAGAAGAGGAUCAUGGAGCUACCACGUGUUGA